AUGUGUAAAGAUGCAGUGUUGCUUCUCUUAAUAUUUGAUGUUGAAAUCAGAAACCAGCAACCAGCCGGCAGCAUGUACAGUAUAAUAAGCCCAGCCAUUGCAGAUCUUUGUGCUGGGUCAUCUGCAGCUAAAGGCUCUGAGCUUGGUAAGAUGGCAGAUGCAGAGGUUUCGCCUGUUGUUCCACCAGCUGGCAGCUCUGAUCCUGGGCUGAUCAGCUGUGCUCCUUCCUCCAACACAGAGCUGCCGGCAGGGGGGCAGGAAGUCCAGUCUGCCCCAGAACAGAGCCUCGAUCCUGGGCUGAAGAGCCAGGACGUCGCUGGGACAGAGGAGGACGAGGAGGAAGCAAAACCUAGACCUCCUCUACUUCACCUCCGCAGAGAUGCGACCGACAGAGGACACCGGCGAAUAGGAGGCCAGAACCUGAGAGCCACUAUUCACAUCACUUCUCCAGCGGCUGCUCCGUCCCCGAUCGCUGGCGCCUCAGUGUCUGGUAAAAGGACGGUGCUGCUGUCCAAUGAGGCGAGGAGAGAGAUUGCGAAGCAGGCGAGAGCCGUGAAGGAGGAGCGGCGAGCGGCGCUGGACGCACGACACAAAUACCUGAUGGGAAGACUGGUGGACGCUGGGACCCUGGGGGAGGCAGACGUGGAGGACGCCCUCAUCUCUGAUGAUAAGUUCACUCUGAUUGAUGAUUUCUUUGCUGCAAACGGAUCCAAGAAGCUGAUUUUCUUCUAUCAGAACAUGAAGCAGAAUCUGUCCUCCAGUCAUUCCUCCUCUGUGGAUGUGGCCAACUCAGCUGCGGCUCAGAAGAAACUCUUCCUCACUACAGGGAGCUCUGAGCCUUUACUGGGGAAGUGUUUGUUCUUCCUGAGAACCACAGACAAGGCCAUCACCACUGCUAACGUACAGCAGGAGGUGAACUUCAGCACGUUGGACUGCAGUGACGGCAGCAUCCUCAACAGUCUGGAAACUCUGCUGUCUCACAUCAUGUUACCUGCUCUCAAAUCACAGCAGACUUGGGGCACAGUGCAGGACGGUGUGUCCUGUCCAGACGUCCGGUCCUUUCUGUCCUCAGUAGAUCAGUUUGUCAGUAAUCUGAGCUUGGCCAGAGUCAACAUGGAGAGAAAGUUCCAGCUGCAGCAGGUGGAGCUUCCUGGUGUCAUCAGCCAGCUGAGCAGCCCUGCAGACUACACCUCCGCAGCCAAUAACAGCGAGCUGGUGGAGCGUCUGGAGGGCGUGGCCUCAGUGUGGACCAAUCAGAUCAAGCAGGUGCUGACGGAGAGCGAGCAGAUGAGGAGGGAGGCGGAUGAUGUCGGACCAUCGGCUGAGCUGGAGCACUGGAAGAGACGCAUGGUCACCUUUAACAGUCUAAUGGAGGAGGUGAAGCGUCCUCAGGUGAAAAGGACUCUGGGAGUUCUGCAGGUCGCCAAGUCGCGAACGCUUCGUACCUGGAGAGAGCUGGAUGGUGACAUCACUGUCGUGGCCAACGAAGCAAAGGACAAUGUGAAGUUCCUUCACACGCUGGACAGGUUCUUUGGACCGCUGGGGAAAUGCACUCCGACCAGAAUACUGGAGCACAUUCCCGGCCUGAUGACCAGUAUCAGGAUGAUCCACACCGUCUCUCAGUACUACAACACCUCAGAAAGAAUGACAUCUCUGCUGCUCAAAGUCACCAACCAGAUGAUCAGCACCUGCAGGAGCUACCUGUCGCAGGACGCGGCUCGCAUCUGGGACCACAGCAGGCCGGUGCUGCUGCAGCGGAUCUCUGACUGCUGUAAUCUAAAUGCUGAGUAUCAGAGGAGCUUCCAGUCCAUCAGAGACAAACUGAGAGAAAACCCUGAAAACAGACAGUUUGACUUCAGUGAGAACUACAUCUUUGGGAAGUUCGAUGCGUUCUGCAGACGUCUGGAGAAAAUCGCUGACAUGACGUCGACCCUGCAGAGCCUGGCUGCUCUGCAAAACAUGAAGGUGGAGGGCAUUGAGAAGAUUUAUGUUCGCUAUCAGACCAUCGUCUCCACCACCAAGUCCAAGACCUACGACAUCCUGGACCACCGCAAGCUGGAGUUUGACAGUGACUAUGCAGACUUCCAGGUCCAGGUUCAGGGUUUGUUCCAGUCUCUUCGGUCUCUGUUGGACUUCUGGUUCAGUCAGUCUCUCACUACAGAGCGGAUGCUGGAGCUGCUCACAGUGUUUGAGUCCGGUCCGACGGCUCUUCUGGACCUGAAGCAGUACUACCUGCAUCUGCUGCAGCGUUACAGCCGAGAGCUGGAGCUGCUGAGGAAGACCUACCAGAGACAGAGAGACAGACCACCCACCGGACGCAACCUGCCGCCAGUAGCAGGUCGGAUCUUGUGGUGUCGUCAGCUCUUCAGGAAGAUUGAAGCUCCCAUGUUGAUCCUGAAGAAGAAGCUCGACGUCCUCAAGGGACCGGAGAUGACGAAGGUGAUCCGGAGCUACAACAAGCUGGCCGUGGUGCUGCUGCAGUACGAGCUGCUGCACCUGCAAGGCUGGAGCGAGGCUGCAGAGAGAACGCCACACUGCCUGAGCGCCGCCCUGCUGGUCCGACACCAAAACAACAAGGAGGUGUUUGUGAACCUGGACCCUGAGGUUCUGGAGGUGCUGCAGGAAGCCCGCUGGAUGACCAAACUGGGAGUGACUGUGCCAAACGUCAUUAUGAAGAUGACUUCCAGAGAAGCAAAGCUCAAAGCUCUGCACAGCCGGCUGCUGGAAAUGCUCCAGGACUACAGCUCGGUGGUUGCCAGGAUACCGCCUCUCCUCUUCCCUCUGAUGCAGCCAUUCAUUGGCCGUGUGGAGGCGGCUCUCUCCCCUGGACUCACCACACUGUCCUGGACCACGCUCAGCACUGAUGGAUUCAUAGGAAGUGUGUAUCUGGCUCUGAAGGAACUGGAUCAGGUCACUAAAGUUGCCACAGACCUGCUGGAGUGUCGCAUGGGUCGGCUGCUUGAGGCGAUGUCAUCCUGCUGUCUGCUGGUCCUGCCCGAAGACUCACCUGUCUCACCUCAGGAUCUCCUGCUGCAGACAGACAGCUCAGUCCAAGCUGCUGCUGUCACUCUGAACUGGCAGAGCCAGCAGGUAGAGAAGUAUUUGUUUGAGAUGACUGAGGAGCUGAAGAGGAAGAUGAAGCCAACAGAGACUGUUAAUCUGGAGGGAUCUUUCCAGUGUCUCCAUCCGGACUCCAAACAGAAGACUCGCUGUCUCACUUGUCUUCCUUGUCGAUUCUUUAAUCUGAUUGGUCAGCUCUGCCACCGCAACACUGAAGCUCUGGUCAAAGCCACCAAAUCCUCUCUGGACGCUUUGAGGAGGAGACUUAAUUUCCCCAAAUACCAGCCUUCCUCCUCCUCCUCCUCCUCCUCCAGUAGCAGCCAAUCAGCUCCUCCUCCUCUCUUCAGAGCCUCCAUUCAGCUCACGAUCCCCAACAUCAUCCUGAGACCAAGCCUGGACGACAUCCAGAGCACUGUGAAUAAGCUGGUGAGCGUGGUGUUGUCUCUAACUAAAGACAUCCCUCUGUGGACUUACUCUCACCUGCAGUACAAACAGCAGCAGGUGGAGCAGGCGGCGGUUCGGGAUGCAGGAGACGACAUCCUGGUGAAGCCGCCGGUGCUGAGACCGCUGGACAGACAGCUGGCCGAACACAAAGACGUCACCAAGUUGGUGAUGCAGCUCGGCUCCAUCGUAUCGUCUCUCAGAGCUCAAGCUGCCGACACGCUGAAUGAACUCAGUCACUUCUCUACUCUGUGGAACCAGGACCCAGAGGAGCAGGUUCAGACCUUCCUGCAGUCCGAUCCUUCGCUGACUGAGUUCAGCUCUCAGAUCUCUUCCUACUCUAAGCUGGAGGAGCAGAUAUCAGAGCUGCCGGCGUCCUGCACCGUGGGUUCGAUUCUCUUCCACACCGACGAGCUGAAGCUGGCUCUCACUCAGGAGUGUCGUGUGUGGAAACGAGCUUUCGGCGCUGCGCUCAACCGCCGGGCGUCCGCCGACAUGGACGACAUCUUCUCAUUCGUUGACGGGCUGACGAAGCGGCUGCAGCGUCCAAUCACAGACCUGGAAGACGUACGAGGAGCGAUGGCGGCGCUCAGAGAGGUUCGGGAGGCGGAGGUUCGUAUCGACGCCGGCAUCGGUCCGGUGGAGGAAUCGUUCGCUCUGCUCAACAAACACGAGCUGCUGUUCAACGACGGGAACGCCGAGCGCGUGGACGGACUGAUGUACGCCUGGAGGAACCUCAACGCCCUGGUGGUGCAGAACCAGAACACUCUGGUGAAGAUCCAGCCCAGCAUGAAGGCAGACCUGCUAUCUGCAGUUCAGAGCUUCCAGAGCAGCGUUCAGACUUUCUGCUCCGACUACAACCACAGGGGUCCAGGGGAGGAGAACGUGGCUCCAGCUGAAGCCAGUGAGCUGCUGCACAGUUUCCAGGCUGAGUUCGAUCAGCUGUGGAGGAAAUACACCACCUGCUCUGGAGGAGAGCAGCUGUUCGGCCUGCAUGUAAACGAGUAUCCGGAGCUGCAGAGGAUCAAGAGGGAGCUCUCUCUGCUGUCCAAACUCUACGGUUUGUAUAACUGUGUGAUCGACAGCGUUGCCGGCUACUACGACAUCCUGUGGGCCGACCUCAACAUCGAGAGCAUCAACACUGAGCUGCAGGACUUCCAGAACAGGAUCCGAAAGCUUCCGAAGGCGCUGAAGGAGUGGCGGGCCUUCAUAGACCUGAAGAAAACCAUUGAUGACUUCACUGAGAGCUGUCCUCUGCUCUACAUGAUGGCCAACAAGGCCAUGCUGCCCAGACACUGGACUCGUCUCAGCGAGUUGACUGGUCACAGUUUCCAGGUGGAAUCGGAGAGUUUCUCCCUCAGAAACAUCAUGGAGGCUCCGCUGCUGAACAAUAAAGAAGACAUUGAGGAUGUUUGUAUCAGCGCGGUGAAGGAACGUGACAUCGAGGCCAAACUAAAGGAUGUUGUAGCCGAGUGGAGCAGCCACACGCUCAGCUUCGCCACCUUCAGGACCAGAGGAGAACUGCUGCUGAGAGGAGCCGAUACCGCCGAAAAAAUCUCCAUGAUGGAGGACAGUCUGAUGGUGCUGGCAUCGCUGCUGAGUAACAGGUACAACGGUCCGUUCAAGCCGUCCAUCCAGCUGUGGGUCCAGAAACUCUCCAACACCUCAGAGAUCAUCGAGAAGUGGUUGUCGGUUCAAAACCUGUGGAUCUACCUGGAGGCCGUGUUCGUAGGAGGAGACAUCGCCAAGCAGCUGCCUCAGGAGGCCAAACGUUUCCAGAACAUUGACAAGUCGUGGCAGAGGAUCAUGCAGCGAGCUCACGAGGUUCCCAAUGUGGUGCAGUGCUGCGUGGGAGACGAGACGCUCAGCCAGUUGCUCCCUCACCUGCUGGAGCAGCUGGAGCUCUGUCAGAAGUCUCUGUCUGGUUACCUGGAGAAGAAACGGUUGGUGUUUCCUCGUUUCUUCUUCGUGUCUGAUCCGGCGCUGCUGGAGGUUCUGGGCCAAGCCUCCGACUCGCACACUAUACAGGCUCAUCUGCUCAGUCUGUUUGACAACAUUAACAGAGUUGUUUUCAGUGAGAAAAUCUACGACCAGAUGAUCAGUUUUCAGUCUCAAGAAGGAGAAACUGUAGAUCUGAGCCAGCCUGUCCUGGCACAGGGUAACGUGGAGGCGUGGUUAGGUCAGCUGUUAGCCGGCGUGAGGCAGACCCUCCAUGCCAUCAUCCGUCAGGCCUUCCUGGCCAUCAGUGACCCGGGUCUGAAGCUGCUGGACUUUCAGGCUGCGUUCCCGGCUCAGGUCGGCCUGCUGGGAAUCCAGAUGAUCUGGACCAGAGACGCAGAGGAGGCGCUGGUCCUCAGCAAGUCUGACAAGAAGAUCAUGCAGACGACCAAUCAGAAGUUCCUGGAUCUCCUUAACGAGCUGAUCGACAUGACGACCAGAGAGCUGAGCAAGAACGAGAGGACCAAGUACGAGACGCUCAUCACCAUCCACGUGCACCAGAGAGACAUCUUCGACGAGCUGGUGCAUCUGAAUGUGAGGUCUGCGUCAGACUUCGAGUGGCAGAAGCAGUCGAGGUUUUACUUCUUGGAGGAGACGGACAGAUGUGUCAUCCAAAUCACAGAUGUGGAGUUCAGCUACUGCAAUGAAUACCUGGGCUGCACAGACAGACUGGUGAUCACUCCGCUGACUGACAGGUGUUACAUCACUCUGUCGCAGGCUCUGGGGAUGAGUAUGGGAGGAGCUCCGGCUGGUCCGGCAGGAACAGGUAAGACAGAGACGACUAAAGACAUGGGUCGCUGUCUGGGGAAAUAUGUGGUUGUUUUCAACUGUUCAGACCAGAUGGACUACAGAGGACUGGGACGCAUCUAUAAAGGUCUGGCUCAGUCCGGCGCCUGGGGCUGCUUUGAUGAGUUUAACCGAAUCGAGCUGCCGGUUCUGUCUGUCGCCGCCCAGCAGAUCUACGUCGUCCUGAGGCAGUGUAAGAAAAACAAGAAGAAACAGUUCGUCUUCACCGACGGAGACGUGGUCGACAUGGACCCUGAGUUCGGCAUCUUCCUCACCAUGAACCCCGGUUAUGCCGGUCGUCAGGAGCUGCCCGAGAACCUGAAGAUCCAGUUCCGCACGGUCGCCAUGAUGGUCCCGGACCGAGCCAUCAUCAUGAGGGUCAAACUGGCCAGCGCAGGUUUCCGUGACAACCAGGUUCUCAGCAGGAAGUUCUACACACUCUACAAACUGUGUGAGGAGCAGCUGUCCAAGCAGGUGCAUUAUGAUUUUGGUCUGAGGAACAUUUUGUCCGUUUUGAGGACGCUGGGAGCCGUGAAGAGGUCCAACCCGUCAGAACCAGAGAAGACUGUGGUGAUGAGAGUCCUGAGAGACAUGAACCUCUCCAAACUGGUGGAUGAGGACGAACCUCUGUUUAUGAGUCUGAUCAAUGAUCUGUUUCCUGGUAUCGUUUUGGAUAAAGCCGGAUAUCCAGACUUGGAGUCAUCCAUCUUCAGUCAGGCUCAGCAGGCCGGUCUGAUCCCUCAUCCUCCCUGGAUCCUCAAACUGGUUCAGCUCUACGAGACGCAGCGAGUCCGACACGGUAUGAUGACGUUGGGUCCCAGCGGCGCCGGGAAGACGGCCUGCAUCCACACGCUGAUGAAGGCCAUGUCAGAGUGUGGCUCUCCACACCGGGAGAUGAGGAUGAACCCCAAAGCCAUCACGGCCUCGCAGAUGUUCGGCACGCUGGACGUCACCACCAACGACUGGACCGACGGUGUUUUCUCUACUCUGUGGAGGAAAACACUCAAAGCCAAGAAGGGAGAAUCCAUCUGGAUCGUGUUGGACGGACCGGUGGACGCCAUCUGGAUCGAGAACUUAAACUCAGUUCUGGACGACAACAAAACCCUGACGCUGGCGAACGGAGACAGGAUCCCCAUGGCCCCCUGCUGCAAGAUCGUCUUCGAGCCGCACAACAUCGAUAACGCCUCCCCAGCCACGGUGUCCAGGAAUGGGAUGGUGUUUAUGAGCUCGUCGGUGCUCGGCUGGAGCCCCAUCCUGCAGGCCUGGUUACAGAAACUACCAGAACAACAGGCAGACGCCUUGAAAGUCUGCUUCAACUGCUGCUACCAGGUGAGCUACGAGUUUGUCUCCACUGCUGUGUCUCCAAAGAUGCCGAUGCUGGAGUGUAUGUACAUCAGACAGACGAUCGACCUGCUGCAGGGUUUGCUCCCAGCAGCGGAGGAGAAACAGGGUUGCCAUGGUGACGUGGGUCGACUGUUUGUGUUUGCGGUCAUGUGGUCUCUCGGAGCGCUACUGGAGCUGGACGACAGAGCCAAGAUGGAGGCUUUCCUAAAGGGUCGUAACUCGUCUCUGGACCUGCCGCACACUCAGGACGACGAGACCAUCUUUGAGUUCACCGUCAACGAGCAGGGACAGUGGGAGCACUGGUCCAACAAGGUCCCAGAAUAUGUCUACCCAAAAGACCACGUUCCUGACUACUCGUCCAUCCUGGUUCCCAAUGUGGACAACGUGAGGACGGACUUCCUGAUGCAGACUAUCAUGAAGCAGAGGAAAGCUGUGCUGCUGAUCGGAGAGCAGGGGACCGCCAAGACCGUCAUGAUAAAAGGCUACACCAGUAAACUCGACCCGGAGCGUCACCUCAGCAAGACGGUGAACUUCUCCUCGGCCACGCUGCCCAGCAUGUUCCAGAGGACCGUCGAGAGCUACAUCGAUAAACGAAUGGGCGCCACCUACGGGCCGCCGGCAGGCCGCAGGAUGACCGUCUUCAUAGAUGACAUCAACAUGCCCGUCAUCAACGAAUGGGGAGACCAGAUAACCAAUGAGAUCGUACGUCAGCUGAUGGAGCAGCGAGGUUUCUACAGUCUGGAUCGUCCAGGAGAGUUCAUCACCGUGGUCGACGUUCAGCUGGUGGCAGCGAUGAUUCAUCCGGCGGCGGUCGGAAACGACAUCCCUCAGCGUCUGAAGAGGCAGUUCUCCAUCUUUAACUGCACGCUGCCCUCCAACUCCUCCAUCGAUAAGAUCUUUGGCACCGUGGCUCAGGGGUAUUUCUGCCCAGAGAGGGGCUUCUCAGCGGGGGUCUGCGAGCUCGCCGCCGCCCUCGUUCCCACCACCAGACGGGUGUGGCAGGCGGUGAAGGCGAAGCCAUUCACGGAAACCCAAAUCCGUGUCUCCCUUCAGCUUGUUUUGAAUACACCAGAUGUAAACUUGGACUCUCUGCCCGCCAUGCAAAUCCACAGAUCCCAGAAACCUGUUCCCAUGUUGAAGAUGAACCAGUCUGAAGUGAACCACACCUCCAGAGCCGACCUCACUGCUUUCUAUGAAUCAUCAGCAGCCUUGUUCACAGUGAACCUGCUGGUGUCUCUCCCCGCCAACGUCUUCGUGGUGCAGCUGAUGGUGAGAGGAUUGGUCGGGGCCGUCGCCUCAGAGCUCUUCGCUCUGAAUCUGGCCGUGGCUGAGAUCAUCUUCUGCAUGUCGACGGCCUACCUGAUCAUACACUUCCUGCUGAGGCUGGCGCAUAACGCAGGCUUACUGGUGCUGCAGUAUUUCAUACGGAUGAUGUUCAUUUCGCGGCCCGUCUUCCAGGGAUGCAUCUGCCUGGAGCGCUACCUGGCCGUGGUGUAUCCCACCGUCUUCCUCAGGUUCAAACCUCUCCGCUACAGGUUGCUGCUCUGCAUGGCUGACUGGCUGCUGGUCCUGCUGUACUGCACCAUCCCAACCUUCGUCCUCUCCUAUACACAGUCAACAUAUCUAAUCAUAGCCAAGUCCCUGUUCUUCCUGCUGCUCAUCUUCUACUGCGGCGUUCAUGUUCUCUGUGUGCUGAAGCAGCCUGGACCUGGAGACGGGGACCGUGAGAGUCACAACAGCAUGAAGAGGAAAGCCUUCACGAUCAUUAUGAUCACCAUGGUGUUCACCAGCAUCACUGAGCUGAUCCAGGUCUUCAUGUUGGCUCCGACGCUGCUGUAUGCAUCGCAGCGGGUCGCUCUGUCCAUGUUGUUAUUGAGCGAAGGCGUCAGCAUCGUCGGAGGCUUCAUCACUCCUCUGCUGUUCCUGCACAGAGCCGGAAAAAUACCCUGCGUGAAGUUCUGA